AUGGAAAUUGUGGUGGAUAAACUCGUUCUGUUCAACAUUGUAAAGCACUUCAAAAACACAGCCGCGUCAAGACAGGACGCAAGAAGCUGUGGGAAGUUGUUUGGAUUGUUCGAAGAACAGAACAUCUACGUGACUUUUUCAACACCAAAAGACGUCGAUCUCAACACUAACAUGCCAAAGGACAUUUACGGGCAAGACACAUCGUGUAUCGGACUCUACAUUGUCGGAGAGGCGCUGAACGUUUUGGAGCAACAAGUUCUCGCGCUGACACAACUGAAGAAAAAACUCGGGCAGGCAGUUGUUAUCACGGUCAACCCAAUCACUACCGCGCGCAGCGGAAAGGUCGACAUCAAGGCGUUUUACAUGGAUGACUCAAAAGAAACACCAGCGCUGGUCGAAGCGAAGGUCACCAUUGUUUCGUCUUCACUCGAGAAAGCAUUCAUAAGUGAGAACAUGAUUUAA